GUCCGGGCGCGCCGGGGGCGCGGCGAGGCGGAGGGGCGGGUACCGGGCGGAGCCGGAGUCGGAGUCGCGGCGCCUGGAGGAGAUCGGGCCGCGCGCUGCGAGCACCGAGUGGCGGAGAGGCCGCGCGGCGUGGGGCAGGGCCCGAGCGCAGCCCCCGGACGCAGGAGACCGGAGCGCAGUCGCGGCCUGAGCGGCGGGAGUGCAUCCGAGAGCCGCCGCAGGGACACCCAGGCCGGCCGCUCCAGGGCCAUGCGCGCCGCUCGCUGAGACCCGGGGAGGCCGCGAUGGAGGCGCCAGCGGGAGAGUCUUCGGCGCGAGGCUACGGCCCCCCGCCUGCGCCCGCGCCCGCCGCGGAAAGGAAGAAGAGCCACCGCGCGCCAUCGCCAGCCCGGCCCAAGGACGUGGCCGGCUGGUCCCUAGCCAAAGGCCGCCGCGGCACAGGCCCGGGUGCCGCUACAGCCUGUGGCACGGCGUCUUCGGCGAGACCGGACAAGAAGGGGCGCGCUGUGGCUCCCGGUGCCCGGGGCGCAGGGCCGCGGGUGGCCGGGGUGCGCACGGGGGUCCGCGCCAAGGGCCGCCCUCGUCCGGGUAACGGGCCCCGCCCGCCGCCGCCGCCGCCCAGCCUCACGGACAGCAGCUCCGAGGUGUCGGACUGCGCGUCGGAGGAGGCGCGCCUGCUGGGCCUGGAGCUGGCGCUGAGCAGCGACGCCGAGUCUGCCGCGGGCGGCCCGGCGGGGACCCGCACUGGGCAGGCGCCCCAGCCCGCGCCGUCGGGGCAGCAGCCUCCGCGGCCGGCCGCCUCCCCGGAUGAGCCGUCGGUGGCCGCAUCGUCGGUGGGCAGCAGCCGCUUGCUCAGCGCCUCGCUAGCCUUCUCCGACCUCACCGAAGAGAUGCUGGACUGUGGAACUGGAAGCUUGAUGCGGGAGCUGGAAGAGCUGCGUUCUGAGAACGACUAUCUCAAGGAUGAGAUCGAGGAGCUACGGGCUGAGAUGCUGGAGAUGCGGGAUGUCUACAUGGAGGAAGACGUGUACCAGCUGCAGGAGUUACGGCAGCAGCUGGACCAAGCCAGCAAGACCUGUCGCAUCCUGCAGUACCGACUUCGUAAAGCCGAGCGCCGCAGCCUCCGGGCUGCCCAGACAGGCCAGGUUGACGGUGAACUCAUCCGCGGUCUAGAACAGGACGUCAAGGUCUCCAAGGACAUCUCCAUGCGGCUUCACAAGGAGUUGGAGGUGGUGGAGAAGAAGCGGAUGAGGCUGGAGGAGGAGAACGAGGGGCUUCGACAGAGGCUCAUUGAGACAGAGCUGGCCAAGCAGGUGCUGCAGACAGAGCUGGAUCGUCCCAGAGAGCAUUCCUUGAAGAAAAGAGGGACCCGAUCUCUGGGGAAGACUGAUAAGAAGCCUACUGCACAGGAGGAUAGUGCUGACCUGAAGUGCCAGCUGCAUUUUGCAAAGGAGGAGUCGGCCCUCAUGUGCAAGAAACUCACCAAGUUGGCUAAGGAGAACGACAGUAUGAAGGAGGAGCUGCUCAAGUACCGCUCUCUCUAUGGGGACCUGGAUGCAGCCUUGUCCGCAGAGGAGCUGGCGGACGCUCCGCACUCCCGUGAGACUGAGCUGAAGGUGCACCUGAAGCUGGUGGAGGAGGAGGCCAAUCUGCUGAGCCGACGCAUCGUGGAGCUGGAGGUGGAGAACCGGGGCCUGCGAGCUGAGAUGGACGAUAUGAAGGACCACGGGGGUGGUGGAGGUCCCGAGGCCCGGCUGUCCUUCUCUUCUCUGGGUGGUGAGUGCGGGGAGAGCCUAGCCGAGCUGCGGCGACAUCUGCAGUUCGUGGAAGAGGAGGCUGAGCUGCUGCGGCGCUCCUCUGCCGAGUUGGAGGACCAGAACAAGUUGCUGCUGAACGAGCUGGCCAAAUAUCGCUCGGAGCACGAGUUGGACGUGACGCUGUCGGAGGACAGCUGCUCCGUGCUCAGCGAGCCUUCGCAGGAGGAGCUGGCAGCCGCCAAGCUGCAGAUCGGCGAGCUCAGCGGCAAGGUCAAGAAGCUGCAGUAUGAGAACCGCGUGCUCCUCUCCAACCUGCAGCGCUGUGACCUGGCCUCCUGCCAGAGCACACGCCCCAUGCUGGAGACCGAUGCCGAGGCUGGGGACUCAGCGCAGUGCGUGCCUGCCCCUCUGGGUGAAACUCUGGAGCCCCACGCAGGCCGGCUUUGUAGAGCCCGCGAGGCCGAGGCACUGCCCGGCCUACGGGAGCAGGCUGCCUUGGUCAGCAAGGCCAUCGACGUCUUAGUGGCUGAUGCCAAUGGCUUCUCAGUUGGCCUCCGCCUAUGCCUGGACAAUGAGUGUGCUGACUUGCGAUUGCAUGAGGCACCUGACAACAGCGAGGGCCCCAGGGAUGCUAAGCUUAUCCAUGCCAUCCUGGUGCGUCUGAGUGUCUUGCAACAGGAGCUGAAUGCCUUCACCCGCAAGGCAGAUGUGGCCUUGGGAAGUUCUGGCAAGGAGCAGCCUGAACCCUUCCCUGCUCUGCCCGCCUUAGGCUCCCAGGGGCCCGCUAAGGAGAUCAUGCUGUCCAAAGACCUUGGCUCUGACUUCCAGCCGCCUGACUUCAGAGACCUGCUGGAAUGGGAGCCUAGGAUCCGAGAGGCCUUCCGUGCUGGUGACUUGGAGUCCAAGCCUGACCCUAGUCGGAACUUCAGGCCUUACCGAGCUGAAGAUAAUGAUUCCUAUGCCUCUGAGAUCAAGGAGCUUCAGCUGGUCCUGGCCGAGGCCCACGACAGCCUCAGGGGCUUGCAGGAGCAGCUGUCCCAGGAGCGGCAACUGCGGAAGGAGGAGGCUGACAGCUUCAACCAGAAAAUGGUCCAGCUGAAAGAAGACCAGCAGAGGGCGCUGCUGAGGCGGGAGUUUGAGCUCCAGAGUCUGAGCCUCCAGAGACGACUGGAGCAGAAGUUCUGGAGCCAAGAAAAGAACAUACUGGUGCAGGAGUCCCAGCAGUUCAAGCACAACUUCCUGCUGCUCUUCAUGAAGCUCCGGUGGUUCCUCAAGCGCUGGCGGCAGGGCAAGGUUCUGCCCAGCGAGGAGGAUGACUUCCUGGAGGUGAACAGCAUGAAGGAGCUGUACCUGCUGAUGGAGGAAGAGGAGAUGAACGCCCAGCACGCGGAUAACAAGGCCUGCACAGGGGACAGCUGGCCCCAGAACACGCCUAAUGAGUACAUCAAGACCCUGGCCGACAUGAAGGUCACACUGAAGGAGCUGUGCUGGCUGCUCCGGGACGAGCGUCGGGGUCUGACUGAACUUCAGCAGCAGUUUGCAAAGGCCAAGGCCACUUGGGAGACAGAGCGGGCAGAGCUCAAGGGCCACGCCUCACAAAUGGAGCUGAAGGCUGGGAAGGGUGCCAGCGAGAGGCCCGGGCCCGACUGGAAGGCUGCACUGCAGAGAGAGCGGGAAGAACAGCAGCACCUCCUGGCAGAGUCCUACAGUGCCGUCAUGGAGCUGACGAGGCAGCUGCAGAUGAGCGAGCGCCACUGGAGCCAAGAGAAGCUGCAGCUGGUGGAGCGGCUGCAGGGAGAGAAGCAGCAGGUGGAGCAGCAAGUGAAGGAGCUGCAGAACCGACUCAGUCAGCUGCAGAAGGCUGCCGAGCCCUGGGUCCUGAAGCACUCAGAUCUGGAGAAGCAAGACAACAGCUGGAAAGAGGCACGAAGUGAGAAGACCCACGACAAGGAGGGUGUUUCUGAAGCUGAGCUUGUGGGAACCGGCUUAAAGAGGACCAAAUCGGUCUCCUCCAUGUCUGAGUUUGAAAGUUUGCUCGACUGUUCCCCAUACCUUGCUGGCGGAGAUGCCCGGAACAAGAAGCUGCCCAGCAGCCCUGCUUUUGCCUUCGUGAGUGCUGAGCCUGUAGAGCCUGAGAAAGAUGCCAAGGAAAAGCCCGUGCUUCCCGCCCGGGACUGUAGCCACAUGGGUAGCCUGGCGUGUCAGGAGCCUGCAGGGAGACAGAUGCAACGCAGCUACACUGCUCCAGACAAGACGGGAAUACGUGUCUACUAUAGUCCCCCAGUGGCCCGGCGCUUGGGUGUCCCUGUGGUACAUGACAAGGAGGGCAAGAUCCUCAUCGAGCCGGGCUUCCUCUUCACCACAGCCAAGCCCAAGGAGUCAGCAGAGGCUGACCGGCUGGCUGAGAGCUCCUAUAGCCGGUGGCUUUGCAAUUUCUCCCGGCAGCGGCUGGAUGGAGGAUCCGGGGCCAGCACCUCGGGUUCCGGGCCUGCUUUCCCCGCAGCCUUGCAUGACUUUGAGAUGUCGGGCAAUAUGAGUGACGACAUGAAGGAAAUCACCAACUGCGUGCGGCAGGCCAUGCGCUCCGGCUCCCUGGAGAGGAAGGUCAAGAGCACAUCCAGCCAGACAGUGGGUCUGGCCACCGUAGGCACGCAGACCAUUCGGACGGUCAGUGUAGGUCUGCAGACCGACCCACCCCGCAGCAGCCUCCAUAGCAAGAGCUGGUCACCCCGAAGCUCCUCACUCGUGUCUGUGCGCAGCAAGCAGAUCUCUUCCUCCCUGGACAAGGUCCAUUCCCGCAUCGAGCGGCCGUGUUGCUCGCCUAAGUAUGGCUCACCCAAGCUCCAGAGGCGAUCGGUGUCCAAGCUGGACAGCACCAAGGACCGUAGCCUGUGGAACCUGCACCAGGGCAAACAGAACGGCUCGGCCUGGGCUCGCUCCACCACCACACGGGAUAGCCCAGUACUGAGGAACAUCAACGAUGGGCUGUCCAGCCUCUUUAGCGUGGUGGAGCACUCAGGGAGCACGGAGUCUGUGUGGAAACUGGGCAUGUCUGAGGCCCGAACCAAGCCUGAGCCUCCCAAGUAUGGCAUUGUUCAGGAGUUCUUCCGGAAUGUGUGUGGCCGGGCACCGAGCCCCACGACUGCCGCAGGCGAGGAGAGCUCCAAGAAACCAGAGCCCCUUUCGCCAGCCAGCUACCAUCAACCUGACGGUGUAGCCAGGAUCCUGAAUAAGAAGGCAGCCAAGGCAGGUGGUAGCGAAGAGGUCAGACCCACCAUGCUGUCCCAGGUGGGGAAGGACGGUGCCCUUCGGGAUGGAGAUGGAUCCUUAAUCCUUCCCAGUGAGGAUGCUGUCUGUGACUGUAGUGCCCAGUCGCUUGCCUCCUGCUUCAUCCGCCCAUCCCGAAACACCAUCCGACACUCUCCUUCCAAGUGCAGGCUGCACCCUUCAGAGUCAAGCUGGGGUGGGGAGGAGAGGGCAGCUCCCCAGUGAGGCACAAAGCAGCCAAGCUCCCGCUUCAAGCAGCCCAGACCCUGGAGAUGAGACAAGGGGUCAUGUCCUCAGCCUCAAUCCAUCCAGGAGGAACAGCAGCUGUGCCACUGCCAGGGAAGAGCUUUCACAUUAAGGUAAAGCACAGUGUCUUGCUGACUGCUGGGAAGUGACCUCUGAUUUCCAGGGCAAGGCAGUGAGCAAGGAGAAAGACUAAACCUGGGUGACCAGAACUGGGCCUCGAAAGCACCUGAAGAGCUUAGCAAGUCAGCUCUGGAUCCUCAAGGGGGCCUGGUACCACCCAUACCACGUCUUAGAAGGAUCCAGAAAAAGAGACAUUUCUGGCCAGGCUCUAGGAACAGGGCUGGCAGAGAUGCUCCCUACUGACCACAUGUGGAGGAGAAGCCACUGCGAGGAUUCCACUCUGCUUAGGGCCCAGCUCGAGGCUCUCAGAAGAGCUGGGCCUGGGUGUGACUGUCACUUCUUGCCCCCUCCUCUCAUCCCUGCUGCUCUGGUUGCUAGGCCUUCUUGGAGUAGGGAAGGGGGACAUGAUAGAGCAGAAUUCAGGGCCAAGUCCACUUGGAAUCCUGGAGCCCUGGAUCCCCCUGCCUGUGCCCACAUGUAGCAAGAACCAGGAGGCAGGUAGGAGUACGUAAGGUUCAGAGUAGCGGGCCAGAAGUGCCAACUCCUUUGUCCUAGGGACUUGAAGGUCCAACUUCCGUAGGAGACUCGAUGAGAACAGAAAAGGGUAGCACCCAUCUCGACGGCUGAGGUAAAUGCCUACAUGCCAUGCCCUCCUCCCUAGGGCCUCUUUCUUGGUAGCGGGGAUGGGUACCACAAUCUUGCAGCAGGCAGAGGGCAGAAAGGCUCCCUGGGAGAGACUGUUAGUUCAGACCAGAGAGAGCACCAAGAGGCCAGUGUCCCGGGACACAGCCCCAGACAAGGGCCUACAUUGUUUAUUGACUAGAUUGUUUAUUUGAAUUUUUCAUACUAUAAAUAUUUAAGGUGAUUUACUUUAUUUUAAUAAUUUAACUUAUCCCCUCCCACCUCCUCAGAGCCCCUAAGGUAAUUUAUUAGAGGUAUUCUUGCCUCUGGGACAGUGUGGGGCUUGUGACACCAUGGAGUCCUCCAUGUGGCUGAGGCAGCUCAGCACCAGACUCAGGUCUCCUGGUUUUGUCAGAAGGGCCCUCGGCAGAGCAGGGGCUCUGCACCUUGUUCCUCCAAUACCACCGGCCGUUUAGUCUCAGAGUGCUACACUUUCCUCAUCGCCUGGUACUUGGCCCGGCCUCCACAGGCCAGACUGUAAAUGCUUCAGACCAACGGCAGGCCAGAAUGAUGUCCUCACUCCCCAGACAUCACCCAUGAUCCUUUUCAUCCCGUCCUUCCCUCCAACACCUCUUCUCAUGAGUCAAACAGAUGACUGCAGCUCUGUUCCGAGCACAGUGACCCUCCCACGUUCCCGAAGUUAAGAACUCGUAGGAAAACAGGACGGGACUUGUAGAAUGUUGUCUAUUGCAGCUUUGCACAUGGAUCUGAGAGUGUCUACCAGCCUGCCAGCCUGUUCACCAGCCCUUCUCUUAGCCUUAUAGCCACUCAUGGCUCCUCAAACCCAAGCUCUACUGCCUGUCCUUCCUGCACCCCUAGGAGUCGUCUGAACCACACCAGUAUAACUCAACUGCAGUAUGGGGAGGGCUCACAUGCCUCCCCUUGGUGCCAAGGAACCAGUGUCAGUUGUACACGUGCGAUGCACCGCCCUCCUGUUCCUGGCCGGGGACCGGGAUUCAUCCAGGGAUGGAUUAGCUUUUGUGCAGAGGUCCCCUCGGAAAGGCAGAGAGCCAGCUGCAUAGCUGGUUUGCUCCAGGACUAGGGAGCUGCCUCUACACUCCCACCUACCUGUACCCGGGCUAUCUUCUUAGAAACACCUGGGCCAGUUACCCAAAGCCCCUCGACCCCAUUCCCUAUGGGCAGUUUAUCAGGGUCAGUGCUUUCCAGCAGCUGUUGACUCAUGCCCAGUACCUUGUGUGGGCAUAGUCAGCAGACCAGUGGACCGUGGGCCAGGUCCCUCCAGGAUGCUACUGCUCUCCUCUAAGAGGUCAGAGGCCCCUUUAACGUUAUUUCUAACUGAGGGGACCACACCAGGCCACAAGCCACCAGAGGCCUUCUGCCACCUCCCAGAGCUGCUGAGAGCUUGGGAGGCUUGGAGAAAAGUCCCCGUAGUCCUGAACCUCAGGGCUUAGGGGCUCUUCAGCCUUACCACCGUCUCCGUAUGGGUUGUGCAUUUCCACUGUCUCAGCACCUGGCUCCUGUGGCCCCCCCAACAGGUGUUGCAAGCUCCAGGUCUUGUUUUUCAGUCCCCGUUUCUAAUUCUUGCUUGCCACCGUGCAAGGCCGCUUGUCACUGUCCCUGUGGAAGCCUCUGGACAUAGGGCUCGAUGGGGUUGAAAAUGUUCCGUGUAAAUAUUGGUUUGGUUUGAUCUUUAGCAUUUUACUUGGUAACUGGUUCUGUUUUCUUUGGGGGUGGGUUGGAAGGGUUGGUUUGUAAAUCUCUCUACUCUUUUGAAAUGUAAUUUCUAAGUUUGUUUGUUUCUUCAAAAUGCCUUUUAUGUCUUGGUAACAUUCCCAAAGCAGAAAACUGCCUGGCUUCCAUGGGGCAUGCCCCUUGAGGCCUGGAGGGUCAUGGGAAGGAGCUCUGCCCUUCUUCCUGCCUGUGUUCUCUCUAUACACCUCUUCUUUCCUCUUCUUCCUCUUUCUCUUCUUCCUCCUCCCUACCUCCUCCUCCUCCUCCUCCUCCUCCUCCUCCUCCUCCUGUUCCUUCUUCAGCUUCUACUCUACUUCCCGAACCAAUGUCCCAAGGAGCCCUGGGAUCCCAUCCUCUAAAAGAUUGCCUGGCUUGUGCCCACAGGGUUGACACAACUUGGCUGGGGGCAUGAGGGUGAGUUAAGUUACAUGAGUGAAACCAAACUAUGUCUCACCUCUUCCCAGGGCUAAACCAAAUGAGAGCAUUUCAGAGGCAGUGGUGACUGCUGUUGAAAUGAGAGUCAGAGCCCUUUUGGGCCCCUGACUGAACAAGGCCUCAGCAUCCCUUCCCCUUUGCCCCGUAGCCUUCCUCCCAGUCCUUCUCCCACCAAGGCUGACCUCUAGAGAUCUUGUUCUUUAGGAGCUCCGAUUGGGCCAUGUCUCUUGGCCUCUCCGGGGACAUUCAUUUACCAGCUGGCCUCCGGUGACAAAACUGAGUACUUGAAAGACUUGACCUUCUUGGCAUCACCAUGCUGCGCUAUGUAUCUUUCAUAGUCACAUCUGCCUCUCAGCUUUGUCCCUUCCCCAGGCUUCUUACCACUCACCCAGAGUUCCAGCCUCAGUUGCUCACUGCCUCCCUCUCCCUCCUCACUGCAAUAGCAAACAUCCCUCCAACCGUCCUCCCUGGAGCACUGUAUUGUUUAGAGGUCACAGCACCAUCUCCUCUUCCCUCCUUAGUCUCUCAAGGGCAACUCUUGAGGGGCAGUUUUGACAGGACAGGGCUUAGUGUUCUCAUUCUACAAAGGAGUAAACAGGUUUUUGCCCUGGAGCCCUGAACCAGGAAGUCAUCAACUUUAAUAGCUGGAUUCUUCCCUGCUUUCUGUACAAACUCACUGGGACGUUGGCUAGAUUCAAAGCAUCCCAAACUCGCCACUGCCAAACCCAGAGGCAGGCUUUCAAUUCUGGACCUUUGUUCCGGAGGGUAGCCCAGGGACCACUGCACCCGAACCUCUGAGAGCAAGUUCAUGGUGCAGAUUUCCAGACCUGACCCCAGCCUCUGGACAGAGGUCCUGUGGGUUUAGCCCCCUGGAGAUCCUUAAGCACCAGUGACCAGUGUUAACAUUCAAAAUACCAGCCAUUUAUAACUCUUGCAUUUUGAGUUAGUGCUCAUAGUGUAGGUCCUGAACGAGAGCCCUGAGCACUGAGCUGUGAUUUGGGGGGUGAGGGUGUCGUAGACGAACUCUGCUUUGGGUAAAUUAUUCCAAGGGUUUUCAAAGGGCAUCAAAAACAGUCUUCCAUUUUAGUCAUGUUUCAUUAAACAAAGCUAGAAAGGCUGGUUAAUCCUGGCCUUUAAUCCUGGCUACUCGGGAGGCAGAGACAGGAGGAUCACGUUCAAAGCCUGUUUGGGAAAUGGAGUGAGUUCAAGGUCAGCUCUGGCAGUUUUCUUAGGUCUUAUCUCAAGGAUUUUUGAAAGUGGUGGUAGCUCAGUGGUUGACGCUUGCUUCACAUGUGUGAGCCCUAGGUUCUCUCCCUACUCUUGGAAAACAAACAAAACUGGGAAAAUCAGAGGAUGAGAACUAAGGACGUGCGUCACAGGAGUAGAGCAUUUACCCAGCAUUGCCAAGGAAAAAGAAAAAGAAAAACAAUUAUUCCCCCAGUCUACCUGCUGUAAUCCCUAUAAUUACCCAAUUUAAAUUAUUCUCCCUUCCUCCCCCUGUUUUUUGUUCGUCUGUUUUUUUUUUAGACACGAUCUUGCUGGGUAUCCCUAGCGGAUCUGGAAAUUGCUGUGUAGACCUUAAAUUUGUGGUGAUUUUUCCUGCCUCUGCCUCCCACAUUCUGGAAUUACAGGCAUGCGCCACCAUACCCAGCCUUCAUUUUCAUUCUCGAGUUUCCUAGAGGCUAUGGUAAGAAGAGAAGCAAGUCGGGCCUUUAUCUCUUUCAUCAGCCGAUCAGGAUCGCUCCCAGAGACAAACCAAUAUGGAACCUGAGGUCUCUUUAAAGACCCUGGAGCUGAUUGGUGUAAUACCAGGUUAGCCCAAGAUGAGACGAGUUUUCCAGAAGAUGAUUUACAAAAUAAUAAACUGCCACCAGUUUGAAUGACUUUGGCCAAAUCACAUGGCUAGUCUAUGCCUCAGUUUCCCCAGCUAUAACGUGGUGGUUGUGGAGAAGACCAAAUACAUGAUGCCUGUUCCUUUAAGAAAAGCUGAUG